UGUGCAGUUUCGGAACAAAUCUAUUUAUGUAUUCGUUCAGUGUAUUCAGAAAUCUUUCAAAAAAUAAUCUUAUACAAAUCACUUUUAAUUGCUAGUGUCAUUUUUUCAAUUUUAUCUGUUAUAGCAUUAUUAUUGCUAUAAUAAAGAUUUUUCAUAAUGGCACGUAGAUAUGAUACGCGUACAACAAUAUUUUCUCCUGAAGGUCGUCUUUAUCAAGUAGAAUAUGCAAUGGAAGCUAUAAGUCACGCAGGUACUUGCCUUGGUAUUUUAGCAACUAAUGGUAUUCUACUUGUAGCAGAAAGACGCAAUAUAAAUAAAUUAUUGGAUGAAGUAUAUUAUUCUGAAAAAAUUUAUAAACUCAAUGAUGAUAUUGUUUGCUCUGUUGCUGGUAUUACUUCUGAUGCUAAUGUAUUAACAAAUGAAUUACGUUUAAUUGCACAACGUUAUUUAUUACAAUAUGGAGAACCAAUUCCUUGUGAACAACUUGUUUCUUGGCUUUGUGAUGUAAAACAAGCAUAUACACAAUAUGGUGGAAAGAGACCUUUUGGUGUUUCUAUUCUAUAUAUGGGAUGGGAUAAACAUUAUGGAUAUCAGUUGUAUCAGUCAGAUCCUAGUGGAAAUUAUGGAGGUUGGAAAGCAACUUGUAUUGGACAUAAUUCUGCUGCUGCAGUAUCAUCAUUAAAGCAAGAAUAUGAUAAUAAUAAUAUUACUUUAGAGGAAGCCAAAGCAUUGGCUAUAAAAGUGCUUUCUAAAACUUUAGAUCUUAAUAAAUUAUCUGGAGACAAAGUGGAAAUGGUUACUUUAACAAGAGAAAAUGGUAAAACUAUUACAAGAAUUCUUCCUAUGAGUGAAGUAGAUGCUUUGAUUGCAGAACAUGAUCGAUUAGAAGCACUUGCUGAACAAGCCAAAAAAGAAAAACAGAAAUUAUGAAAAGAUAUAUAUGUAUAUUUUGCAUUUUUCUUAUAUUUAUAAUAUUUUCAUAAAAUUCUAUCAAUUUUCUUAUAUGUAAUAUUAUAUAUAACAUUUAAUUCUUCAAUGGAACAUAAAAACAAAAUCUAUGUUCUUUUGUAUACAAUUUUAUGUUGAAGAAAAGUUAUAAAAUGUGAAUAUAAGAAAAAAAUAAAAGUAAAUAGAUUUCCUAUAUA